AUGGAGACAGGGAAUGCCAACCAGAAAAGUAGUAGGGAACCUACUGGGCGUAAUUCUCCGGGUAAUCUAGCAUAUCAAAUCAACAUUCCGUUAAGUGAUGUAUUUUAUGAUCCACCUAUUCCAGUUAUUGAAUAUGUUCCAUCCUCGUCCUGCAAUUCUUGGUGGUAA